GGGGCGGUCUGUGCGAAGAGUGGCAUCUUGAACUGAGCGGUCCGAAAUAGCCGCCCCUGAAUCGACGGAUAGCAAAGAUCAGAUCCCAGGCGCCAUGGUCUCUCGCACUCCGCGAGAAAGCUGUGCUGCGUCUCUAGUAUCCUCAGUGCUCCUUUCUUUGACUAAUACCACCUAUAGCAUUCAUCCAAAGAGUCAGCGUCAGGGAGAAUGUCGUCGUCUGCAUCCCCCAGGCUUGACGAUGCUGACAAUGUCGUCGGCGCAAGUGGCAUAGCAAUUCCAACUCAAGUCGAGCAACUGAGCAGCUCUGCAUCUGCUCAUCUGCAAUCCAGCAUCGAAAGGAGCAACGUCGCUCCCCACCUGUUUCUCGACUUUCCUCUCUGGUACCACCUCUUCAUCAACUUCCUCGAGCCUCUCAGCACAGCUAUUGCCAUUGUGCAACUCUUCUUCUGGCCCCUCUCCUUUCUUCAGGAGUCCCUGCCCACUCUGGCGGACCACUACACGCGCGAAGGGACUCAACCGAUCUUGACCGAGCUAGGAGGAGCCUGGACGCUUGUCCUCUUUCUCGAAGUCGUGCUCCUCUCCCCACUCAAAUGCAUCAGCCCGCUCCCUCAUCCUUAUGAAGAAGUGUUCACCGCAGGAGGAAGCGCCGGGUUCAGCGGAUACUCGCUCCGUUUGAAAGUUUGGCGCUACACACUAGGGACUAUCCUCCUCUCAGACUGUGUAUACUUCUGGUCUCUGGCUCAGGAAAAUCCACUUGGUUGGGCCGGGGUACUGGUACCUUGGAAUUGGAGGACGGGGCUGCAAGCAACGACUGUAUUGUUGAGUCUCGUUGGAAGCUCUACAAGAAUCGCUUUUCUGGCUGGAGUUGGGAUCAAGAAGUCUGGCGAAGAAGGUGAAGUGGCUCUCCCUUGAGCGUGAGCAAUAGCAGUAUCUCAGUCCGUCAUUCUGGAAGCGGUUCAUCGUGAUGGACAUGGCAUUUACGAACGAGCGAACGAAGAUCGGAAGGGCAUACCAAGCAAAUAGUGUGCGACCCGAUUCACCGGGCCUGUGAAACACCCGCAGGGCGUGAACGCUACCUUCUCUUCAUCUUUCACCAUUGUCCUAUUCUUCAACAUCCUCCGACCCUCCAAUCCAGGGCCUUCCAGCCUUGCCUGACCUUUUACUCCGUCUUGCCCAUAAUGACAUUGAGUCCAACAUCAUGCUCGCUAGACCAGAACCCCUCCUUGUGAACUUCCCUCUCUCCCCUCUUCUGCACAUUCUCGUUCAUCUCGCCUUCAUUGAGUCUCGCCUUGCCCACCGCUUCACGCUUCGCCUCCCACUCGCGACGCUUCAGCGUAACCUCCUCGUC